AUGACACCGGCCACCUCCGCGGGAGCUCACUCAAAACACACCCAAACACGACCGCGUCCAACACGCAACUCACCGUGUCGACGGGCAGGACCCACCGUGUCGACGAGCAGGACCCACCGUGUCGACGGACAGGACCCACCGUGUCGACGGACAGGACCAAUGGUGUCGACGGGCAGGACCCACCGUGUCGACGGGCAGGACCAACCGUGUCGACGGACAGGACCCACCGUGUCGACGGGCAGGACCCACCGUGUCGACGAGCAGGACCCACCGUGUCGACGGACAGGACCCACCGUGUCGACGGACAGGACCAAUGGUGUCGACGGGCAGGACCCACCGUGUCGACGGGCAGGACCAACCGUGUCGACGAGCAGGACCCACCGUGUCGACGAGCAGGACCCACCGUGUCGACGGACAGGACCCACCGUGUCGACGGGCAGGACCCACAUGGUCGACGGGCAGGACCCACCGUGUCGACGGGCAGGACCCACAUGGUCGACGGGCAGGACCCACCGUGUCGACGGGCAGGACCCACCGUGUCGACGGGCAGAACCCACCGUGUCGACGGGCAGGACCCACCGUGUCGACGGGCAGGACCCACCGUGUCGACGGGCAGAACCCACCGUGUCGACGGGCAGGACCCACCGUGUCGACGGGCAGAACCCACCGUGUCGACGGGCAGGACCCACCGUGUCGACGGGCAGGACCCACCGGGUCGACGGGCAGGACCAAUGGUGUCGACGGGCAGGACCAAGGUGUCGACGGGCAGGACCCACCGUGUCGACGGGCAGGACCAAUGGUGUCGACGGGCAGGACCCACCGUGUUGA